AUGGCCAGCGAUGUUACGCUGCCCGACUCAAGGGAGUUGGCAACCUUGAGCGUGAACUAUAACCUUGCCAUCAUCGCCUACUCUCUUCUCGUCUACGACUACUGCCUGACCUUCGUUGCGGAAGUUGAGCGCUUUUGGAGCAUUCGCGGGAUCAACUGGGCAUCUGGACUCUUCUACCUCAACCGAUACAUGGUUCUCGUCGGGCACAUUCCGGUUAUGAUCGAAUACUUCUGGUCCACGUCCAAUCCAGAUAAACUACAGAUGUCAGUAUUGAUUACUUCAAUUGCUCUGAUCCUCCAUAACAUUGAUCCUAGAUGUGACCGACUCCAGACCUAUCAUCAAUACCUGGCAGUUGUGAUCCAGUUCGUUGUGGCAUGCAUGCUGAUAAUGCGAAUGUACGCCCUGUAUGGGAGGAGUCGCUUCGUCCUGGCGUUAUACAUCUGCGUUACUGCCGCAGCUGGUGCCAUUGCCUGCUGGGCGAUUAUCGGUGGAAGGAAAACGAAAAAACAUGAAGUGGACGUGCCAAUAGGCUGCGCAGUAUCUGUGGCGCGCGACCGAGCGAUACGGUUCGCAGCGGCGUGGUCAGGAAUGCUCAUCUUCGACUCUUUGGUGUUCGGGAUGACCCUGUAUAAGUCCUUGACCCUACCCCGUCUGCGCGGUGUCAACCUCAUCAGUGUGCUCUUGCGAGAUGGGUCCAUGUACUUUGGGAUAAUUAUGGUAUCUAAUUUCACCAAUGUUCUAACAUUUCUUCUCGGAGGACCUUUCACGAGAGGUGUAGCAACGACUUUUACGAACGUCAUUUCCUCGGUCAUGAUAUCCAGGCUCAUGCUCAAUCUCCGACAUCCUUCUCUCGUCCCACAUGAAAAAUGCGAUACUUGCCCUACGCGAACCGACCCCACCUCUCUAUACUUCGAGCAUAAUCUUACAUCCCAAAUCUCGGACGGCGACGCAACGGUGUCGUCGCAAGGACGUCCGCGUGCUGGAUAUGAGUAUCUCGCUCGCGACUUUGGACGACCUCCCCAUCUUGCAAGACAGGAUGUAGAACUCGGUACUAUUCAAAAGGAUUAA